GACUUUAGCAAUGUGACCGUGUGAGUAAUCUGGGAUAGCGCUGUAGAGUCAUAGAUUAAUUUCUGAAGUAGAAACCAGCACUCUGUAGGCAGUGUCUCCGAGAUAUUUGUAAUACACUUCUAAACGUAAUUUAAAACCGAGAGAGACCCAGCAUAUUAAAUGUAAUUGUUCGUUUUAAAUUAGAAUCCCACCAAGCUAGUGAGCUAACUUGGCUAGCCAGUCAGCUAAAUAUAAAAACAGGCAAGCGACACCAGAAAGCACGUACCGAUGCGGCUAAAAGACCCAUUUUCUCUAAAAACCGCCGACAUGACGAAGCGGACAAACAGACCGAAAAAACCGCAUGGUGAGGACUCGUCAGAUGAAGUCAGCGGGUUGACGUGUCAGCACGUCAGCAAGGCGGUGGAUCUGAGCUCGGUGAAGAAGGCGGUGGGGCAGAGUCUGUGGUCGGUUUGCUCUGAGUGCCUGCGGGAGAGGACCGUGCAUGAUGGGGAAAGCGGAGGAGCCUUUGACAUACUGCUGUGUCUCAAGUGCGGCUUCCAGGGCUGUAACCAAUCAGAGGGACAGCACUCCACCAAGCACCAGCAGGCCCUGCACCCAGAGUCCCACUGUAUCACCGUCAGCCUCAGCACCUGGAGGGCCUGGUGUUUUGAAUGUAACGAGGAGCUCUCCACUCACUGCAAUAAGAAGGUCCUGGCUCAGACGCUGGACUUCCUACAGAAGCACUCACUCAAAGCAGCCUCAGGAGCUACGUCCAAAAUAAUCCGGCUUCGAGAGGAGCCCACAGAAUGCGUGGAGUCCCUGAGAGGAAGGAGUUCGGUCAACAGCACGCUCGUUCCAGUCAAGGGCAUCAACAACCUCGGAAACACCUGCUUCUUCAAUGCCGUCAUGCAGAACCUGUCGCAGACACACAUGCUGAACGACCUCGUCCUGGAGAUGAAGGAGAAAGGCCACAGGCUGAAGAUCUGCCCGCCGCCCGAGACCAGUCUGGCGCCACUGACGGUCACCCUCCCCAACCCCGAGCCCCUCACCUCCGCCAUGUUCCUGUUCCUCCACAGCAUGAAGGAUGCUGGGAAGGGUCCGGUCUCUCCCAAACUCCUCUUCAGCCAGCUCUGCCAGAAGGCACCGCGCUUCAAGGGCUACCAGCAGCAAGACAGCCAGGAGCUGCUGCACUACCUGCUGGACUCCAUGAGGGUGGAGGAGACCAAACGCAUCAAAGCUGGUAUUCUGAAAGCGUUUAACAACCCGACCGAAAAGACGGCUGAUGAUGAGACCAAACGCCAAGUGAAAGCAUACGGAAAGGAGGGGGUGAAGAUGAACUUUGUGGACCGGAUCUUUGUGGGAGAGUUGACUAACACCAUCAUGUGUGAGGAGUGUGAACAUAUCUCAACAGUGAAGGAAGCGUUCAUCGACAUCUCCCUACCCAUCAUAGAGGAGAGGAUAUCCAAACCGGCAAACCCUGGAAGAACUGGUAAAAGCAACCGGGAGCCAGAUGCAUUGGUCUCCCAUGGCAACGAGGCUCUGUCUGCAUCUCAGUCACAAGGCAACAAGAACAGCAAGAAGCCAGGAGCACUGGCUGGGGCGAAGCAGCAGACCAGGAGGUCCCCAGGGGGCUCUGAGGAUCGGGGAGGGGACUGCGUCUCCGGCCGGGCCGAGGAGGAGUGCUGCGGGGCCGGGCGGGGCGCGGGAGGGUGCAGGGAGGCGGCCCUGGGGAGCCAGUCGGAGGGCAGCGAGAAAGACUCGGGCCCGCUGGACAGCAGCAACGACGCAGACAGCGAGGCCUCCGAGAGCGAGUGUGUCCCCCGCCCCGCCGCCCACACCGCCGGUGCGCACUCCAACAGGCCCCAGCAGGGCGGCGCCGUGGAGCAGCUCGUCAGCGCCGUGUCCAAGCUGGGCCUGGGCCACGCCCCCGGCGAGGCCCCGCCCGCCGCUCACCGCGGGGAGGAGCAGACGGACAACGCCCGCGAUCGCCACCACCACGGGGCCUUCCAGGCCCUGUCCCACAGCUACACGCCCAGCUCCAAGGAGUGCUCGGUGCAGUCCUGCCUUCACCAGUUCACCUCCGUGGAGCUGCUGAUGGGGAACAACAAGCUACUGUGUGAGAGCUGCACCGAGAGGAAGCAGAGGAUGCGAAGGAGCGGCACGACUGCAGAUAAGAAGGUGGAGAAGGUGUACACCAGUGCACGGAAGCAGAUGCUGAUCUCCACCCUGCCCCCAGUGGUCACUCUGCAUCUCAAACGCUUCCAUCAGGCGGGGAUGAAUCUGCGGAAGGUCAAUCGCCAUGUGGACUUUCCCCUCAUUCUGGACUUGGCACCAUUCUGCUCAGCAUCCUGCAAGAACAUGGUGUCAGGCGAGCGUGUGCUGUACAGCUUGUAUGGUAUUGUGGAGCACAGUGGAUCCAUGCGCGGUGGCCACUACGCUGCAUAUGUCAAGGUCCGCACACCACAACGGAGAUCAGAGCUGCGCAGGAACCUAUCAGGUCCGAGGGAGAGCGGCGCCGCCCCGCCGGGCCAGUGGGUGUACGUCAGCGACACCAGCGUCCAGACCGUGCCAGAGUCCAGGGUCCUCAACUCUCAGGCCUACCUGCUCUUCUACGAGGAGCUCCAGUAGGAGGAGGAGCUGCGUCCUCCCGAUCAGGGGGAGUGGGGGGCGGAGAGCGACCCGCGCAGCGCUGUCUGUGCUCCUCUCACCCCGGAGAGCCCGGCUCUGUGCCCGCUGUCGGCGGCACGGCAAAAACGCUAUACACCGCAUCCUAACAUCUCCAGCAGCCCUCGCCCCUUCCCCCGAUGCGCCCCGUGGAGCGAUAGUAGACGCACGUACAUGCAGCUUUUCCCUGAACUCAACUAAGCCCCCUGAGAUUGCUUUUUCCAUGCGUAACACUGAGAGCGGCACUCUAUACGUGGAACAAAAAGGACAGCAGAGCGAUUUUGUAAAGUUAUUUAUAUUUUACAGUCUGACGUGCUAAAUAUGACUAUCAUAAUAUUUUUUGUAGAAAGUAUAAAUGUGUGUUUAUUUUUAAAAUUCUGAAUGCCAAAGAUUUAGUGAAGAGGGAAAAAAAGCCACCCUCAGAAGAAGAAAGAAACCAGUGCCAAAAUGACUCUUGUUCUGACCCUGUUCUGAGCAUGAAAGGAAAGACCAGCUCAUAUCCUGCAGUGGCUCUGCGUUCACACUACACCUCAGCUGCAAGCUCCCCUUUCUGCUCUGAAUGUGCUCAAAGUCACAAAAGGUAUAAUUACAAGCAGCAGAGGCAGCUGUAAUAGUCGGUUCUGCCAGAAGAAGGAAGCAAAGAUAGUUAUUUGUGCAUUGUAGCUUGCUAAUUAGCGGCAACUCUUGUGUGGUCGGCAAGUGUGCGUAAAUAACGAGCCAUAGUUGCACUUCAGACAACUGCAUAAUGUGACAGAACAUCAUGCUUUUGCUUUAUUAGCAAUGCUAGCAGUAACAGUGCCAACCUGCAUCUCCUGAAACCAGCAAGCAUCUCGGCUCUUCUCUCGGACUAACGUUUCCAUCAGCGGUGAGAGAAAGGAAGGAAAAAAAUGGAAUUCUGUCUGUGCACGGACAUCGGUUUAUGGCAGCUGCUGUGCAAAAUUCAUGAAUAAAUCUUUUAUUGAGUUGACGUAUGAAUCUACUCACCGCCCAUGCAGGUUAUACAAAGAUCAAGCUCCAAACUGAUGCCCACGAGUGAGCGGUGUGGCAGUCCGUGUUCUAAAUGUUUUUAAAGCCGGACCGGACUCUGGUGCAGCUGUCACCCC